GGGAGGGGGUUAAAGCAGUCUUUUUUUGGUUUUUAUAUAAUAAUAAUAAUACAAUCUUAGUUCUUAGUUUUUAGUUUUUAUGUAAUAUUUGUUUGAAAAAGCGUGUUUUUGUCAAAAGAUCAAGUUAUUUCAAAAACAAAGUAACUGACCAAUAACCAAUUUACUUACACAUAUACUUUCUUACACAUUAUACAUAUUUAUCCUCGAAUUUAUCUGAUAAAGUAACUAUUUAUCUGUAAUUUCGGUUCACUUUCGUAACAACGAUAAAUACUAAAUCGUAUUUAGAAUGAAAAUUAGUUAUUUGCGGUGAAGCAAGAAUUUGUUCCCUAAAGUUUUGGAAGUCCCUCGUAUGGUGGAAGUUUCCUUAGGUGCUGCCCUCUAUAAGGAUUGCUUAGAGAAUUCUGCUUUACCGGUCAUUUUGGUGGCUGUCAGUUUUAACCUCACUUAACCGUAUUUUAUCAAAAUGGCCACAAAAAAUGUACUCGGGACUUUGACCCAAAUUAGAUUUUUGAGCUGCCAUUCAGCCAGCAUCACAAGACCCCACAGAUUAACUUACAAGAGGACAUACCCCACUGUUCUUGUUAACCCAGAUGGGUCAACUAUAAAUAUUAAAUACCACGAACCCAGGCAAAUCAUUAAACUGCCUUUGAAUAUUUGGACUCUCAGUGAGGCCGAAAGAAAGGCACGAUUGGAGGCAAGAAAACCAAAGAAGAAAGUUAAAUUUGAGGACGAUCUUGAUGAUAGUUUCGACGCAAAUAAAUAUGUAAAAUACUUGAAAAAGAAAUAGAUUAGGUAACAUUAUGUAGCGAAUUGUCUCAAUAAAGUUUAAUAACACGUUUA